CGGCUUUGUUGGUAUGUGCCGCGAGCGUAAACGUUUGCGCAACAGCCUUUUUGGUCCUGUGGAAAGAACUCAUAUAUUAGUGUACCUGGAAAUUAGUUCAACUUCGGCAUCAUUAUUCAGAAAGCAUGGCCAAGCACGGUUUCCACACCUUCCUGAAUCAUAUAUGGCACAGCGUUUCAAACGAUGGACCGAUGUGGUUUCGCGUAAACUUAACGUCGAGGUAGCGGUAAGCUCGUGAAAAUUAAUACGAACGACUGUGACCUGAGGGAAAAUCCCGGCCUUCAGUGCACUUAGCAGCAGCUGAAACGGGAAAGCGCCCUUAACAAGAUGCUGCGUACACAUCCUGAAGAAAACUAGCGUCCCUGCUGCGUUAGUAUUAACAGGCGCCGCCGAUGCCGUCUACCAACACCCGCAUGGCCACGGAACCGCAUGUGUCGUCUGCUAUCAAGAGCCUUGCACUACGUGCACGAGAAAAGAACUUGCGGAGAGUCUAGUGCCAAAGUGUACACGAACUCGUGCAGUACGACGUCAAAUCGAGUGCCGAAGUGCAGGUGGCGCUAGCUGCACUGGCAAAUCGAGUGCUAGAGUACUGCACCUAGAGAAAGCUGCACCCCCGGAACUAGUGCAGAAAGUGUAGCCAAAUCGAGGAGACCUCAAUCGCUGUCGUAUCGGUCCGGCCAGUCCGGCGCUACUCCGGUGCUUAUGGUGUAUUCGGUUCGUCGCUUAUUUUAAAACUUAGGUCUGUGUCGUCUGCGUGCGGCCUUCGAAAUUUUUGGUUGCGCACAACAAUUAUUUAGAACGGCGGUACAGUUGAGGACAGUUCCUGACGGCAGUGCGUAUAUCCGACGUUCUUCCUGCAACAUCCUUUGCAUGUCUCUGUCGCUUCUCAGGUCGAACCUACCGCGGGUGUCCCGCUUGAAUAGAAAUGCCUUAAAACCGUUAUUUUGGCUGCAUGUACGCGAGAAGCAGGUUCUUUCGGACCCCGAAAACAUUGGACAGCGUCAGCAACACAUUAAUUUUGACACGCUAGGAACUUGGGACAACCGAAUUGAUCUGCCACUGCUGUUGCAGCAGAGUAUCAAGGUCGGCAAGCCCGUACCCAAAAUAUCGGCUGAACAUGCCGGCUGUGCUACGAUUCUCGGACGGCGAACCUACAACGAAGACCGCUACAGGGUCAAGGAGCUUACACCAGACCUCCUGUACUUCGCGGUGUUCGAUGGACAUGGUGGUUCAGCAUGCGCAGACUUCUGUGCUGAACAUAUGGAGGCGCAUAUUAUGUACUGGGUUCAUAGAGGCCAGACAGACCUACAGGCACUACUCCAGUCAGCAUUCAUCGACACCAACAAUUCCUUUGCCAAAUAUGUCUCCUUUAAUUGGCCAGAUGGUGACGAGGCCUCAUCUGGAACAACUGCUACGGUGUGCCUCCUGAGAAGCAGCACAGAGUUGUACGUAGCCCAUGUAGGUGACAGCCGUGCCCUGCUCUGCCGCAGUGGGGAGUCGCGCCGACUUACCACUGACCACACUGCUGGCCUGAAGCUGGAGGAGGAGAGGAUCAAGAUGUCUGGCGGCAAGCUUAUCUCAGACAGCCAUGGACGGCAUCUUGUGAAUGGACGUCUGGCCAUGACCAGAAGUUUGGGUGACUUGGACCUUAAGCCGUUUGGUGUCAUUGCACUACCGGAUGUCAGAUCCAUUGAGGUUAAACAUGGCAAGGAUGCCUUUGUGAUCCUCACCACUGAUGGUGUGAAUUGUGCCAUGUCGGACCAGGAGAUUGUGGAUGCCAUCAACAGCUGCAGUUCACCAGCUGAGGCAGCAGGUUUCGUCACUGACCAGGCCAUGCAUUUUGCUUCCCAGGACAAUGCUACGGCAGUUGUCAUGCCCUGUGGUGCCUGGGGAAAGUACCGCAAUAGUGGCGGUGUGGCGAACAGUUUUGGUCGGCAGCUGCAGUUUAGUCGGAGAUUUUAGCUGCUUACUUGUAAAGAAUAGCCCACCACUUUGUAUGAGGAGCACACAUUUGAAGUGGAUAAUGAGUGUCCGAGUCACUAGAUUUAUUCAGUUAACAAACAAGCAGACAAAUAGGGCUGACCUUUAAGCUGUAAACAUAUCCUUAUUUUGAACCUCUAUUAGGCUGACCAAAUCUUUUGCAUACGUUGUAGCAAAAAUAAGUGGACUAUGUGACAGUGUUUUUAUUGAAGACGUGAGGAGCAACAGAUGCCUUUGCUUUUGUUCGUGUGUAUUUAGUGAGAAAAUUGCUCUAUUGCCUUUUUGUUUUUCUGGCAGAAAAACAAACUAGCUUGAUAUGCUUUAAUAAUUGCACAGUGAGUAGCUGAUGGUUACCUAUACUAUUGUUUACUGUACAGCUUCUAUUUCAAAGUGCACGGUGAAAUUGAAAUGCUUCAGAACUUUCUUGCUGCAUAAAGAAGUUAGCUGUUCACCUUGUAUGGUAGUCAGUAUGAACAAUUGCUUUUUUUCUUUCCUAGUGCCAGCUGACCUUUCUGUCUGUAAUUUAUCUUGCCUUCUGUUGCGUACAAGGCACCCAAACCUAAAGCACGAGCCUCAAAGAAUAUCCUGUAUUUAGCAGUCUGUCUUGCUUCAUUUUUUGAAAUUUCUGAAUUUGUUUACAGCAUUUUAUCAGUGGCCUCCUUGUUGUUUAAUGGUGGUACAUGGGCAUUCUGUAUAUCUUGGCUGUCAAAAACUGGAAUAUCUUUACUGUCAGCAUCUCUACUUUCCAUGCAGUGCUUUAAAGGGACAUUAAAGGCAAAUGCUAAGUGAAGCUAAAGUGAUAAUACCUACUUGAAAAAAUCCCAGGACACCUAAGCACUUCUUACGAGUUGUGAAUGCGAAACCAUUAAUGUCCAAUUGAACGCCUAAGCGGUUCUUCAAGUUUUACACUGUGAGUAGCAUACUGUAGCGGUGCGUGCUGCCCGAGCCAACAAGCAGCAGCAGCGACCAAGGCCGGUAGGUGCAGGUAGCAGCUAUGCCCAGUAUGGAUGAGAGAGAGAGAGAGAUAUGGCUGCGUGUUGGCUUCUGAGAGCGAGGGUGAUGUGGCAUCGUGGCAAUGCCCUCAUCCCUUACUCAACACCUAGCGUGCCAGCAAGUGUUCCCUUUUGCCCGCACUGCUCUGUCGAGGUGCACCCGUGACAUGGCAUUGCAGCCAGUGGUAAUUUAAGUGCCAUUUCGCUACUACAAAUGGAAGCUUUCUUGCUCGAUGGGCAAUUUGAUGCUUUCGCAUCAAAAGUCUAAAAUCGAGACCAGGGCUUUAGUGAGAUACGUACUAAGAUAAAUGUAGGACAGGAUUUGACUUUACCAGAAUGAUCAAGUACUACUCGUCUGAUCAUGCCUAAACUCAUCAUUAUAAUUGUGUCACUAGCACUCAACCAGUUAAUAAAAAGAUAAUUGCAUUGCAUUAUAAGAUGGAAGAAAUUGCUACUUGUCCACUAGCGUUCGGUGCGUCUUUUUUUCAUGUUCCUGUCCGUGUCAUUUUUUACGCGCUAGUGCUAUGUCCCCUUAUAUGAGUAACGACCAACUAGCCCAGCUUUCUGCCUUAAAUACUUGUCCACUUCUGUUCGAUUCUUAGAAAAAGGAAACUCAUUGAUGUUACCUUUGAUAACGAUGCGACGAGUGGUCAACAAGUUUUGUUUUCACUUGAAUCCGUGUGGCCAGCGCUUUCAUGUUUUGGGUGGUAGUUUCUGUAUUGUAUAGUGCUGUACUUGUUUGCUGGCUUGCAGAGCUCACACUAAAGAGGCAACCACAUGCAUGCGAUUAUCAAAUGACUGUGACAAGCGACAUGACAGAUGGACCCUGUUGCACUCACAUAUUGCUGUAGGACGAAGAUGAAAAAAAAAAAACUAGCAACACACUUUCAUUGUUGUCUGAAUCAAAUCAAUCGUACACCCGUCAUAAAAUCUCAUAUGUGCUGCGGCACCAACAUUUUAACAUUAGGGUACUAGAUCUAGUUUUAAUGUGCUGUCAUUGGCAGUAAAAAUGCAUUCCAUGCUGCCAAUGGCAAAUGCUGUAGCGCCAUGUGAUAGCUAGAAAUCUAAAUACACUUUCGUGAUUUGGUGGCCAUGGCCGCCAUGGCACAUUAAAUACCACAUUUCAGAGAUGUGGUAUUAGUGUGAGAUGAGGUGAAGCGGUGGCUUAUUUUACUAUUUAUUUCUUGCUGUCAUAGAGGACAGCAAGUAGCAAGAGCAAAUUCCAAUCAUAGUGGGCGCAAUGGUUGCUGUUCUGUUAUGCAGUCACACGGUAACAAGUGAGCCACUGCGCAAAUUUUCGGGUGACAAGCGAGACUUCUGCGAACAGAAAAUGCCACCUCCAUGUGAUGUUUUGAGAUGCUGUCAGUUGUAUCUUCGCUUGGUUUCUGGCUAUGCUGUUGAGUUUUAUGGAAAAAAAAUGUAGCCUUUGGCUGUCAGGCACCGUUUUACUCGCCAACGGUAGUAAAGGGUAGUGAUGGCUUAUGCAGCAUCGCACCUCCUCAUUUGUGGCGGGCUAUUUUAAUUGUGCUAGAGGAAUGCAGACCCUUCAGACAUAAUUUUCUCUUAAACUAAGUGUUUUCUUGGCGCAAAACAUGGGCUGCAGGGUUUCUGGAAUUGUAUUUUAACACUCCACAUUGACAUACUAUUUGUCCUCAGUGUCCUUUAAGCAGCAUGGGCGGGCAGAUUGCUGGAGGUGUCUCUAAAGCAGAAAUUUUCUUGUAGGAGUUACAUAUAGUUUCACACAUAUUAGCCCUGUCAUUCUCAUGAUAUUAUUGUGCAGAGAUCUUGUCAAUUCUGUCGUUGACAGGACUCUUAAAACUUAUGCUUGGGUCACUAGUCCUUUUUUUUUUUGCUUAUCACUUCGAGAGUACAAAAUUUCUAACACUUGUAUCAAGAGCACAAGUGGUAAAGUACUUGCAUGAGGAAUUGACUGUUUAAUCUGUCGCUGUAAUCAAAUGCUAGCAUGAGAGUGCAGUUUUUUAGCUACAGGUGUGGAUGUGUAAUGCCUCGGUAUAGGACCCAGAGGCUGGAUUCUUUCCUGUUGCCCAAAGUGACAUGACAAAGCAUGCUCAGAGCAGCUCAUUUGUUGACAUUGUGGCUGAAAGUCCCUGUCACAUAGUCCCACACACUGUGCCUGAGUGUCCAGGGUAUGUUCUUCAGCCCAUACUUUUGCAAUCUUCAAGGACUAGUCAAGAAUUCGGGGUGCCAAGCGUUCUGUUGUAGCACUAUAGCUGAAGCACUUGCAAAAAGCAAGUGCUUUGUGUUAGUGAUGCUUUUGAAAGCAGCACUGUUUCAUGUUGCCUUUAGCAAUGUAAGGAGUCGCGUGCAAUUGAUACACUGUGUCAGCUGUGCACUUAACGGCGGCUGUUGUAAGUGUUUGCAAUUGGUGCCACAGAUGUUCUCUGCCAUUGGAAGAUGCUUUUGCAUGCCUUGAACAACUUAUUUCUCUGUUUGUGAUAGCAUUGUGAUAUUCGCCUGCUCUCUUAGUUUGAAGGGAGUCUAAAGGAAAAUAUUUUCAGACUAGGUAGGUAAGCUGGCUUGUUACUCUUUGGAAAUAGAGGUUACAUUACUUUUGCCCAGAAGGAAGACAGAACAUGCCAGAGAACGUGAGGUGUAGCAAUACAGGCAGUGCUGCUUUAUAAUGCCUGCAACAACUUUCUGCGACAUUGCUAGGAACACUCGGCUGAGGCUGUUGGUAGUGAAAAACUAGAUUGCAUUGCAAAAUCAAAAGUGUGAUGUGCCCAUUUUUAUAGCUCUUGUGUUUUUCUGCAUAACAUCUCGGAGUUAAUCAUGGCUUAAAAAUUUAGCUAAAGCUUUGUGCUCAAUCAACCUGGUUCUUUAUAGUGUGGAACCUUUAUAGAUUGCAGUAUGUUGGGUGGUCCUGUGAACAGAGCUGCUUCGCAUGGUGGUGUGUUUAGCGUACAUAGGUGAAAUGUAUGCAACAUGCUUUGUGAGGACUUGUAAGCAGUGGCAGAAAUGAGGUCAAUUGCAACAUGUACUAUUGUGUAUCAAAAAUGCGCAGCAGUAAGCAGUUCCUAAUGCCAGUGGCGAACUGCAGCUUCUUAUAUGGGGAGAGCCAAUAUUUUGAAGUAUGGCAGCAAUAAUGCCAUAAAUAGUGCUGCCACUAGUUUGCAUACGACAGGGAUUCAGUCAUUUUGUAUUUUAUUUAAAGAGGGAAGGGGCAUCCUGUUCAAUUGAGCUUGUUGUAGGUGCAUUUAGGCCUCUACUUUCCCCUUAAUUAACUUGCAAGAUAUUUUGGUUUUCUUGUUGCACCCCCCCCCCUUGCUUUGAUUUUUGUCCUUGUUUGUUUGUUUUGAACUUUAUGAGUUUACUCAUUAUUGCUCUUGUGAGUCCUCAUGCAGUCAUUCAUAUCUAUCCUUCUCAUUAGGAAGGUGACAGGUAGCAUUGAGCACUUUAGCACAAAGCACAAAAGUAUGAUGCUAGCCGAUUUCUGCUUGACUAGGUGAUCGCAUUAUGCUAUAGCACAUCUGUGCAUGUUUCAUGUAAAAAAUGUCUUAUUCAAUAUCACGGACUUUGAAUUUUUUUUAAGGUUGAAUUUUGCAUUAGUAAUCAAUAAUGCCAUGAAAACUAAUGUGGCACCACUUGGCUAAAAUAGGCACAUAUGCUAAUGACUUUGUUUCAGGUACAAUUGGCAGUCAGUAGAAGAUGUAGCAAUAUUGUGGCACCUGUGUAGUCCUUGUAGUCAUUCAGCAGGAGUAUAUUAUAGGUGCCUGGCAUCUGUUAAUAUGUUCCUUUUUACUUAUGCUGCCUUCAAGUGCCAGUAACUCCAGGUAUGUUGCCAUGGUUCUGCAGUCCUGUAAUGUUCAAAUACAAUGGAUGAAAGUUCAUUCAGGUGACUGUUGUCACAGGCUGUUUAUUUGAUAUGGACUUUACUUACGCAAGUUCGAUGACACUCAAGUGAAAUAAAGCAUAUGUUGUUAUGAGCAA